GAAAGUAUACCCUUUGUUCUUGGUUUGAGCUGUUAUCGGCAAUUCGGUCGAAUAACUUGUAUACAGGAACAUAUGGAAAACAUUUUUUUUUUUUAUUCGCAAGAUUUCUGGAUGCGUCAAUAUUACUGGAGAAGUAUCUUUGGUAAAACCAGAGAUCUGGUCUAACCGGGUUUAACGUCUGGCAAACAUUGCGCCAUGAUGAGCUUUAUUCAUCACAUGACUCCCCCUCCCCCACCACAAUGAAUAAGGAAGAAGUCGGACAUGUUUGAGGGAAAUGUGUUGAAAAAAAAAAAAAGUAUCGUGGUGGAGGACCAGGAGAAUUUUGAAGGAAAGUUUAACUCUGCUUAAUGGAUUUACGCGUGGAUUUUUUAAAUAUUGUUUUUUAAUGUAUCCAUGGGAAACAAAAGCAGCACUUUAAAAAAAAUAUUUGCCGAGGAUUAAAACAACUUUUAAUUAUUUGUUGAACCAAUAGGUUAAUUUUAUUGAAGGAUUUUAAAUGAAUACCUUCGUAGAUCUUUUGAAAAUCGUUAGUAUUUUGUUGUGACAUUGCAGAUAACGUGUAACCUUGGUGUGGGGGAUGGGUAUUGUAGCAUUAGGUAACCAUUUUAUAACAGUUAAAACCUAACUACUUAUGCGUGUUUUGUUGACGUUUGUCAGAUUAUUUAAAUGGGUUUUUCUUGUAGGUACAGUAGUAUUAGUAUAUUUUGACUUGGUAUGAUAGCAAGUCUUUGGUGAUUUAUCUGAAUGUAGUUUGAGAUUUUCUGUGGUCAGCUAGUGGUUGAAGAUGUUAAGGCCUAGUUUAGCCUACGUUUUGGUAGGAGUUGUGUUGCAUCGUGGAUGAGGCCUUAUUAAAUGUGUGAUUCUAGUUGAGCGACGACGCUAGAUAACUUUUGGAAAAAACAACUAUUAUAACCAGUGUGCCUGGAGGAUCUAUUUACAUAUUUUUGUUAAGUAACGGUAAUUCGACAUCCUUUGAUUUAACUUUCAGCAAGAGUUGAGAAAAUGCUGUGUCAUCUAAGGGUAGUUUUCUUUGCUCUAAGAUUAUUUAUUUUUUUACUUGUUAAGAAGUUUAUCUAAUUCAAAUAACAUUUCAAACUUGAUCUUCAAGCCAAAUUUAAGCUUUUGAUCGACCUAAGGUUUAUUAAGUCUGGCCGGUUGUUUGAUUUCUGAAAUAAGGCCGAAUCUAAUUGUGCUGCAGACCCAAUCUCGUAGAUUAAAACUGUUGCCAAAUCAGUGGUUCGAAACGAGGCUUUAUAGCUAAUGGUAACUUUGUUACGGUAUGAUAUUUUGUGACUAUUCAAUAUAAUAGACUGUAUAAAGGCAAGCUCGUGCGAAAUCAUUGCACUUCAAGAUGGCGCUCCGACACUUGGAAAGGACAGAUGCGUGUGGAGGGCUUGGCUUAUGUUCGGCAUCUCGUAGUUGCGCGUGACCGUAGUCUUUAAACCAAUGGCUUGCAGUCUGUUUACUCUAGAAGCCCGCGCUAGACAUUCAGUGACCAAUCAUGACUCUUGCUUUGCCCACGUUGACGUAAUGUUAUUUGAUGAGCGAAAAGGCGGCUUUUGGAUUGUUUAAUAUUAUUAACUACGUGAAACCGAUAACAAAUAUAUACUUUUGAUUGUUCGGACGUCUAUCCGGUAAUAGCGCGAAUUUAGUUUGCUUGCAAAAUAAUGUGAAUAGUUCGGAUGAGAAGCUUGAAAUGAACAUAACAUUGGUUGGGGGUGUGGUUUCUUUGGUGGACGUGUUUAGCUUCAAAUAGAAAAUAUGGGGCGUAGUCAUCUUAAGUUGCCGUAUCCAAUCGAAUGAAUGGUUGGUCUAUAAAAUGUCAGGCGUAGACAUGAGACGCCAUUUCGCUGAGGCAGUGAGCAGUCGGUUUCGGUGGGGGCUGGAGGAAAGGACGGGAAGUGCAGGAACUUGAAUAUUGGUCUUUUAACCGAAUCCGGAUCCAUCCUGAUGGAGACGGCAAUAAACCCGCCCCAUGACAGCUCCCUGGGCGGGGUCGACGUUGGCCUGCAAGGCGUUAUGGCCAUGGAGCAGGGCCCCCCUGGCAAGCGCAUCCGUAAACCGUCGCUGCUGUUUGAGGGCUUUGAGGGCCCGCCGUUGCUCGCCCAUGGCCAGGCCCCCCCCUCCGGGCCCCCCCAGCCUCUGGUAUACGACCAUAACCGGCAAGGCCGCGCAACCAAUCAGCUGCAGUUUCUCCAGAAAGCCUUGAUGAAAUCCCUGUGGAGGCAUCACUUUGCGUGGCCCUUCCAUGAGCCAGUGGACCCAUUCAAACUCAGCCUGCCGGAUUAUCACAAGAUCAUCAAACAGCCCAUGGACAUGGGAACCAUCAAGAGGCGGUUAGAGAACAACUACUACCGCAGCGCCAGUGAGUGCAUGCAGGACUUCAACACCAUGUUCACCAACUGCUACAUCUACAACAAGCCAACCGAUGAUAUUGUCCUGAUGGCCCAGUCCCUGGAGAAGGCCUUCCUUCAGAAGGUCGCACAGAUGCCCCAGGAAGAAAUAGAGCUGCCCCCUCCUCUUCCACGGGGCAAACCGGGCAAGCCAGGCAAAGGCCGCAGGGCCACAGUGCCAGGAGGAGUGACAACUGCUCACCAGGUCCCAGCAGUGUCCCAGUCCGCAUACUCUCCCCCCACGCCGGACACCCCAGAAUCGCUGCUGUCCACCCCCCCACAGACGCUCCUGGCCAAGAGCCUACCCCCACCCACCACGCACAGUACUCCUGCUAUGCUAGUCUUACCCCCAACACAGCCCACUGCCAAGAAAAAAGGAGUGAAGCGGAAAGCAGACACCACCACCCCGACCGCCAUGCCCGUCACCAUGGGCGUGGGUGGGAUCGGCAUGGUGGGAGGGCACGACUCCCCGUUGACCCUCACCUCUCUGGGGGUAGACCAGGGACUGGGCCGCGGGAGGGGCAUCGUGGGCGCCAAAGCACCGGCGGGGAGACGGGGAGUAAGCGGGCGCCCAAUCAAGCCUCCAAAGAAAGACCUGCCGGACUCCGUCCAGCUCCAGCCAGUCCGGCGCGGCAAACUGAGCCAGCAGCUGCGUUACUGCAACGGGGUCCUCAAAGAGCUGCUGUCCAAGAAACACGCGGCGUAUGCCUGGCCCUUCUACAAGCCAGUGGACGCCUCCAUGCUGGGCCUCCACGACUACCACGACAUCAUCAAGCAGCCCAUGGACCUCAGCACCAUCAGGAGGAAAAUGGAUGGUCGAGAGUACAGGGACGCCCUGCAGUUUGCCGCUGAUGUCCGGCUCAUGUACUCCAACUGCUACAAGUACAACCCCCCUGACCAUGACGUGGUGGCAAUGGCACGCAAACUACAGGAUGUCUUUGAGUUCUGCUUUGCCAAGAUGCCUGACGAGCCUCCGGCCCCUACUGCUUCUAUGGGUGGACACUCCUCGUCUUCUUCGUCUUCCUCCUCUUCGUCAUCCUCAGAGAGCGACCCAAGCAGCGAGAGUGACAGCGAGAGCAGCCCCAGCUCAGACAGCGAGGAGGAGCGAGCACACCGCCUGGCCGAGUUACAGGAACAGGUGUGUACUCAGCUGAAAGCAGUUCACGAGCAGCUGGCAGCCCUCUCCCAGGCCCCCAUCGUUAAGCCCAAGAGGAAGAAGGACAAAAAGGAUAAGAAGAAGAAGAGGAAGCCAGACAAGCACCGUGGAACCCGGAUCCCAAUGGUAGAAGAUGUACCCAUCCGACCACCCAAAAUACCCAAGGUCACCAAGGCCCCCAAGAUCCCCAAACCUGUCAAGCCUCUGAAGACGCCCAAGACCAAAAACAACAAAGGGGGCUCAACGCAGGGCAAGAAGGGUGCCAGCAAGAAGAGCAACAAGAGCAAGUCCUCCAAGAAGUCUCAGGCGGUGACCCUGAACAUGCACCAAAUGAGCUCCGCCUCCAUGCUCCCCCACUACGACUCGGAGGAGGAGGACGAGGUGUCGCCCAUGAGCUACGACGAGAAACGCCAGCUCAGCCUGGACAUCAACAAGCUACCGGGGGAGAAGCUGGGCCGUGUUGUCCACAUCAUCCAGGCCCGCGAGCCCUCGCUGCGCGACACCAACCCAGAGGAGAUCGAGAUCGACUUCGAGACGCUGAAGCCAUCCACGUUGCGGGAACUGGAGCGCUAUGUCAUGACCUGCCUCCGUAAGAAGCCCCGUAAACCAUAUGGCAAGAAGGGUGUAGGGGGGAAGUCACGGGAAGAACUGGCUCUGGAGAAGCAGCUGGAACUAGAGCAGAGGCUACUGGAUGUCAGUGGUCAGCUCAACUCUGGAAAGAAACCUCAGAAAACCAAAGUAGAGAAGCCCAGUGCAGUGGAGCCCCACGCCGUAGCGUCCCGCCUCAGCGCCAGCAGCUCCAGCUCGGAUUCUUCCUCGUCCUCUUCCUCUUCCUCGUCUGAUACAAGUGACUCAGACUGAAACCCCAGUGGGCUGGGUGUUGAGCCCGCAAAAAACCCAGACAGGACAGGAUUGCCUACAGAACCGCAGGCGGAUCACACUAUAGCCAGAACUGACCCGGAGUUAAGAAAAUGAUGGGGCUCUUCCCUGGUGUUCAGAUAAUCCCCGCCAAACAUAGACUGGAUGAUGGGGGACUGGGGCGUGUCAUUGCUGUAGAAUCCAGGAAGGUUGACUGAUGUAUGAGGACGAUGAUGAGUCAUUCUCUAAGAGCUGACGGCAGAAUGUGGACAGGCUUCAUGAGGCAAGGAGUAUAGCGUUCCAGAACUCCGGGAACAUCUUGACCUUUGAUCUUUUCUCCACUUUGUAUAUACUGUGUACAAAAUAUAUAAAUAUAUCUAUUUUUCUUUUAUAAAGAAGAAUUUUAAGGAGUCCCCAAAUGUGGGGAUAGAAAGGGUGGACAGACGGUCUUGUUUUUGUUUUCUUGUUUGUUUUUUUAUGAUGUGCGUGUGUGUGUGUGUGCGUGCGCGAGUGUGUAUGUGUGCAGUAAACACAGCCUCGCUUGGUUUCUUACCAUGUUGAAGUUUAAAUAGUUCUGAAAUGAAAAGCACCUUGGCUCAGUAUGGAUGUAUUACAUGUACACUUGACUGAAGACUACUGCUGCAUCCAGAGAGGAGUGUCCACGGUGCAGGAAUCACACGUUAAUCCCAAGACAACUAACAAUGCUGUUUUAUUCUGGUCUUUUUCCUAUAUUUCACUCUGUAAAUGACAUGUAUUUCUAUCUUGUGACCAAUCUGCAAAUAAAUCGAGGUCAUCCUCUCCACUCACCUUUACCCACACAGAAACAGAUUAUUCCCAUGUUUUGUCAAAUGAAGUCUGCAGACUACUGAGAAGGUCAUGUCUAUUGGAAGACAUUUUAACUUGCAUGGGAAUGCAGAAUGACUAGAUUGAGACUUCUCUUUUUUAUUGCAUUGACAGGAUUAGUUUAUUUUUAUUUUUUAUAAAUGUGGUCUUUGUAUGGUUCAGUUGGGGUGUCUUUGUGUCCCCCACAUCUGAUUCCUAUACUGUUUCCAUAUCAAUGCUUCAUGGCAUAAAAUCGCACUAUUUAUUUUAACAACAUGGCCUUUUAACAUUUUGGCAGCUGAAUGUUUUAAAAUGUACUGCUUGGUUUUGGAAGAAAAUCAUAGACUGACCUUUUCCUUGCUCAUACUGUGUUUACCAGAGGUGGUGAGUGCACAUUGAGAUUUAGUUGUUAAACUGAUUUUGUGAUUUAGUUAAUCACUUUUAAUAAUUGUGUGUGCAAUCAGUUCUUUAGUUCCUGGGUUUUGAGUGGACACUGACACCAAAUCUUUUUUUCAAUUUACUUGCAGGCAAAUGAGAAGGUUGGGUAUCGGUAAUAGUCAUAAACUACAAAAUACUAAAAUCUGUAAAUUUUUCCAGUCGCAUAACUUUGGAGCAUGUUUCUACUGCUGAGCUUUCUUUUAAUCUUGCUUGUUUUCAUCUUACAGUCAACCUUUUCCACCUACAAUUGUGAGUGGUUGUUUCUUCAGUUCAUUUUCUAAGAAAAACUGAGUCUUCAGAGUAACAAAUGCCUCAUACUCUUGCUCAUUUGAGAACCUGUACAAGAAUAAAGAGAGAUGGGUCUUUAA